GGUGAGUUCCAAUUGCUGGGUGAGUGGGCGCCAGAGAAGCUGAUUCCCGAGGAGAGAGAAAAUGGAGAGAGAGAAAGAGAGGAGAAGGAGAGAGAAAUCCCCUUUUGGGUAAUUUGAGCUACGUUCUCUCUCAAACCUCCUAAUGUCUUUCCUUCAUUGGCCCUGUGAAUUUCCAAGUGGUUCAUAAUCCAUAGCAGCAGAACAAGUAGACCAAUAAAGUAAGCAAAAUUUCCCUCUAAAGCUUUAGAACUCCGCAUGCUUUAGUUCUCCAUUCUCUAUUCUCUCUCUUUCCCCAACUCGAUCUCAUUAGGGUUUCCAGUAGGCCAGCCUUAAUUUAGGUUUUAGAUGGCGAGGGAGAAGAUACAAAUAAGGAAGAUAAAUAAUGCAACGGCAAGGCAGGUGACCUUCUCGAAGAGAAGGAGAGGUCUGUUUAAGAAGGCAGAGGAGCUUUCUAUUCUUUGUGAUGCAGAGGUGGGACUUAUUGUCUUCUCAUCUACUGGCAAGCUCUUCGAGUUCUCAAGCUCAAGUAUGAAGCAGAUAAUCGAAAAGCAGAACACGCAGUCAAGGAACCUAUCCAAACAAGACCAACCAUCAAAUGAUUUACAAUUGGAAAAUAGUGAUUAUGAAAGACUGAGCAAGCAGCUGGAAGAAGCAAAUCGCCAGCUGAGAAAUAUGAGAGGAGAUGACCUCCAUGAUUUAACAAUAGAAGAGCUGCAACAACUAGAGAAAACUCUCGAAACUGGAUUACGUCGUGUUCUUCGCAGGAAGGGUGAACAGAUUAUGGAGCAGAUUAAUGAUCUACGAAAAAAGGGAUUGCAAUUGAUGGAAGAAAAUAGAUGUCUGCGACAGCAGGUCGUGGAAAUGUCAAAAAUGGGAAAACAAAUUGUUGCAGAGUCAGAAAAUGUCUUGCAUGAGGAGGGACAGUCUUCGGACUCUAUCACUAAUAUAUCUAACUCAGGGAAUUCACGUGAAAAUGAUGAUAGUUCAGAUACAUCUCUCAGAUUAGGGUUGUCAUGUGCUGGCUGGAAGUGAGCAAAUUCAGCUUCAAAAACAGCUUUGAAAAGAGGAAACCAUGGAUUUUAGAACAACUUUUCAUAAAAAAUGCAUAACAAUGGAUCACAAUAAGCUGUUAAUUAGACCAUUUGAAACUAUAACAUAGCGAUUUUCCUAAUUAGCUUUUUGCCA